AUGGCCAUCUCCACCUCAUCCGCCGCUCCGCCGCCUCGCCUCCUCCCGCCCCAACCUCCACCCACCUCCCGCCCCCUCCCGCCGCCGCCGCCGCCUCCUCCUCCCGCCCAUGGCCCCUCGCCGCCGCCGCCGCGAACCCGCCUCCACACCCGUGCGCUCGCCGCCGCGGCUUCCGCCGACCCGCGCGCGGCGCACGCGGUCGCCGUCAAGUCGGGCUCCGCGGCGUCGUCGGGCGCCCGCGCCUGGAACGCCGUCAUGUGCGGGUACCUCCGGGCGGGCGCGCUGGCGGAUGCGCGGGGGGUGUUCGAGCGGAUGCCCGCCCGCGACGCCGCCUCCUACAGCGCGCUCAUCUCGGGCCACGCGCGCCUCGGCUCCCCGGCCGCCGCGGGGGUGGAGCUGCUCGGACGCAUGCGGCUCGCGGGCAUGGCGCCUACCGAGUACACCUUCGUCGGCCUCCUCACCGCCUGCGCCCGCCGCGGGAACCCGCGGCUCGGGUCCCAGGUGCACGCCCUGGCCGUCAAAGGCAACUCCCCGUGCGGCGGCGGCGGCGGCUCGCUCCUCGUCGACAACGCGCUGCUCGGGAUGUACGUCAAGGGCGGCCGCUUCGACGACGCGCUGAAGGUGUUCGACGGGAUGGAGCGACGGGACGUCUCGUCGUGGAACACGGUCCUGUCCGGCCUGGUCGAGCUGGGGAGGUACGACGAGGCGUUCGAGCUGUUCGGGGACAUGCGGGACAGCGGCGUUGGGGCCGACAGGUUCUCGCUCUCGGCGCUGUUGGCUGCGGCCGCCGAGGGGUUCGGCCUGCACGAGGGCGCGGCGGUGCAUGCGUUGUCGCUCAAGUCUGGGCUGGAGAUGGAUUUGAGCGUUGGCAACGCGCUCGUCGGGUUCUACGCGGAGCAUGGUCAUUCCAUUGAGGAUGUGGUUGAUGUGUUUGAGAGAAUGCCUGCGAAGGAUGUGAUUUCAUGGACCGGGUUACUCAAUGGAUACAUGGAGUUUGGCCUUGUUGACAUGGCAAUGGAUGUGUUCGACCGUAUGCCUGUGAGGAAUUUUGUUACAUACAAUGCAGUGUUGACUGGGUUUAACCACAACAAGGAAGGUGUCCGGGUUACCUUUGCUAGAAAGUCAGGGCUGCGAGGACUCGGGUUGUUUAAGCAGAUGCUGGAGGAUGGACUGGAGAUCUCAGAUGUAACUGUCACAGGUGUCCUGAAUGCUUGUGCUAUUACUGCGGAGAGGAAGAUGAGUGAGCAGGUUCAAGCAUUUGCGAUUAAAUGUGGCUGCGGUUCAACUCCUUGGAUCGAUGCCGCUUUGAUAGACAUGUGCAUCAAGUGUGGCAGGUCUGGAGAUGCACAUCUUCUGUUUGAGAAAUGGCGCCACGAGGAGAGUUUUCACAUUGCUUGGAAUUCUUUGCUGGCUGCAAGUUUCAGAGAUGGGGAGUAUGAGAAAGCACUUUCCACUUUCCUUAAGAUGUUUAGAAGCAAUGAUGUUCAGUUCAUUGAUGAAUUCAUCUUGACUACUGUUCUUGGAGCAUGUGGAGCCUUAGGUUUUGCUGAAUUCGGAAAGCAAAUGCAUUGCUUUGCUGCAAAAUCUGGGCUUCUGAGUGCUCAGGGAGUUGGUAAUGCGAUCAUUAGUAUGUAUGGCAAGUGUGGGGCAUUGGAAACUGCAGUCAAUGUCUUUAAGCGAAUGCCUUGUAGAGACUUGGUUUCAUGGAAUGCUCUGAUCACUUCUCAUCUUCUUCAUCGCCAGGGAGAUGAGAUACUGGACCUGUGGUCUCAGAUGGAGAGAUUGCCCAUCAAACCUGAUUCUGUUACCUUUCUCCUGGUCAUAUCAUCUUGCAGCUACACAAGCUCAAAUUCUGCUGAUAAAUGUAGGGAGCUAUUCCUUUCUAUGUCAAGCAUAUAUGGCAUUGAACCAGCUGUGGAACACUACGCAGCAUUUGUUCAUGUCCUUGGAUGCUGGGGUCAUUUUGAGGAGGCAGAGCAGCUUAUCGGUAAAAUGCCGUUCAAGCCUAGUGCAUUGGUUUGGCGAUCUUGUCUAGACAGCUGUAACAGGCAGCCCAACAUGACCAUGCGGAGGCUAGCAAUGAGGCAUCUACUCGCACUGGAACCACAGGAUCCAUCCACAUAUGUCCUGGCAUCAAAUCUCUACUCAGAAUCAGCAAGAUGGCAAUGCUCUGAGAGCACAAGGCUGAAGAUGCGUGAAAAGGGUAUGCGUAAGAUUCCAGCAAGGAGCUGGACAUUUCAUGGCAACUCUAUUCACUCAUUUUUCGCACGGGAUAGGUCACAUCCCCAGUCCAAGGACAUCUACGCUGGCCUCGACGUGCUAAUCCUUGAGUGCAUGAAGGCUGGGUAUGAACCGGACACCACCUUCGUGCUACACGACGUCGAGGAAUACCAGAAGAGGCACUUCCUGAUGUACCAUAGCGUGAAGCUAGCUGCCAUGUAUGGCCUUCUAAUGUCAGGACAUGGUGAAACCAUCCGCGUCGUGAAGAACGUCCGCAUGUGUGGUGAUUGCCACUCAUUCCUGGAGUAUACUUCUGCAGCUACCGGUAAAGAGAUCUUGGUCAGGGACUCGGCUGGGUUUCAUAUUUUCUGUGGAGGGAAAUGCUCUUGUAGAGGAUAGAAACUGGGUACCAAUUUUGACAUCUUUGUACACCCUCUCUGUAGUAAAUUGAUUUAGAAAGUAUAGAAGAAAUGAUAUCCUUGUAUUAAGGUUUUUUGUACAUCACUAUGAUUUCCUUCAGAGAACUGUGGCUGUCAUCAUACUUCAUACUCAGCCAGCAUUGUUUUUGGCUGCACAUUCUUCUAGCAGUGUAAAUAUUCUCUGAAAAUUGAGGUUCGGUUGAUCUUGAUGUCAUUACUCUGGUAACCUGCUUU